AUGCAGAUGUUAACAAAGUUCGAAUCAAAAAGCAAUCGAGUUAAAGGGAUUGCUUUUCAUCCCAAACGACCGUGGAUUCUGGCUUCGCUUCAUAAUGGUUGCAUACAAUUGUGGGAUUAUCGCAUGGGUACCCUUUUAGAACGAUUCGAUGAACAUGACGGACCUGUUCGUGGCAUAGCCUUCCAUCCAACGCAACCCCUAUUCGUGUCAGGUGGUGAUGAUUAUAAGAUCAAGGUGUGGAAUUAUAAGACCCGCAAAUGUUUAUUCACAUUAAACGGGCAUCUGGAUUAUGUGCGAACGGUGUUCUUUCACCACGAGUAUCCAUGGAUUCUAAGUGCAUCAGACGAUCAAACAAUUCGUAUCUGGAAUUGGCAAUCAAGGAAUUGCAUCGCCAUUUUGACAGGGCACAAUCACUAUGUCAUGUGUGCUCAAUUUCACCCAAAAGAAGACUUGGUUGUUUCAGCAUCUUUGGAUCAGACCGUUAGAGUCUGGGACAUUUCGGGUUUGAGGAAAAAAAAUGCAGCACCUAGUACUAUGACUUUCGAAGAUAGUCUGCACAGAGCGACUGCGGCUCAGGCUGAUAUUUUUGGAAGUACUGAUGCGAUAGUAAAAUAUGUGUUGGAAGGCCAUGACCGUGGUGUCAACUGGGCCACUUUCCACCCUAGCCUUCCGUUAAUUGUAUCAGCUGGCGAUGAUCGUCAAAUAAAAUUGUGGCGAAUGAAUGACACUAAGGCUUGGGAGGUUGAUACAUGUCGAGGCCAUUUUAACAAUGUAUCUGCUGCGUUAUUUCAUCCGAGACAAGAGUUGAUUAUAUCUGAUGCUGAGGAUAAGACCAUUCGCGUAUGGGAUAUGUCAAAAAGGACACUUGUACAAACUUUUAGACGCGAGCAUGAUAGGUUCUGGGUAUUGACUGCCCACCCCGAAUUGAAUCUGUUUGCAGCUGGUCAUGACAAUGGUCUCAUAGUUUUCAAGUUGGAAAGAGAACGUCCGGCAUACGCGGUUCACCAGAAUAAUCUUUUCUAUGUCAAGGAUAAAAACUUGCGUGUAUUUGAUUUUUCCAAUGGAUCAGACUUGCCAGUUCUCUCGGUGCGCAAAAUUGGUGGACAAUAUGUGCAACCACGGGCCCUUUCAUACAACCCAGCCGAGCGUGCUGUGAUCUUGACCACGCCUACAGAUGGUGGGAGUUUCGAUUUACUUAAUUUACCAAAAGAAUUUGGUGGCGAACCACGGGAACCAUCCGGUGAUGGAAAACGUGGUAGUGGGACAUCAGCAAUUUACAUUACAAGAAAUCGUUUCGCAGUAUUGGAUAAGACGCGUCAGCAAAUAGAAAUCAGGGAUCUCUCCAACGUUACCACCAAAUCGGUCAAACCUCCUGCGAUCGUUAACGAAAUUUUCAGCGCUGGUAGCAGCAAUCUUUUACUUCUCAGCACCCCGACUUCGGUUAUAUUGUAUGAUAUUCAGCAGCGUCAAACCGUUGCUGAGAUAAGCACCCCACCUGUAAAAUAUGUAGUGUGGUCUUCUGAGCACACACAAGUGGCUCUUUUGAGCAAGCAUACAAUAACAAUUGCGAACAAAACGUUGGAACAAAGUUGCUUGAUUCAUGAAACGAUCAGAAUCAAGAGCGGUGCCUGGGAUGACGCGGGUAUCUUUGUGUAUUCCACUCUAAAUCAUAUUAAAUACGCACUUCCUCAGGGAGAUAAUGGAAUUAUUCGUACUCUUGAUCAGCCCGUUUAUCUCACUAAGGUCAAAGGGAAAAAUGUUCACUGCCUAGACAGGGACGGUAAGACUCGUGUCAUUAGCAUCGACCCUACUGAAUAUCGCUUCAAGUUGGCUCUCAUCAAACGUAAUUAUGACGAGGUCUUGCAAAUCAUUCGCACUUCAAACUUGGUUGGACAGGCCAUCAUUGCCUAUUUACAAAAGAAGGGAUAUCCUGAGAUCGCGCUGCAUUUCGUGAGAGACGAUAAAACUCGGUUUGACCUUGCACUUGAAUGUGGCAACAUUGAUGUCGCGUUGGAAACCGCCAAAUCCAUGGAUCGUGAGGAUUGCUGGAGUAAACUAGGCUCCGAAGCUUUGCGUCAAGGCAAUCACCAGGUUGUCGAAAUGGCGUAUCAAAGGAUAAAGAACUUUGAUCGCUUAUCGUUUCUAUACCUGGCGACAGGAAAUUUUGAGAAAUUGCGAAAGAUGUUAAAGAUUGCAGAGCUACGAAAUGAUUACAUGUCAAGAUUCCAUAAUUCGCUUUACUUGGGUGACAUCGAAGAACGCAUUCGGUUACUCAAAGAAGUUGGCCAAUUACCUCUUGCAUACCUAACCGCUUACAGUCAUGGUCUCAUCGAGGAGGCGGAAUCGAUUCUGGCAACUGCUGGAAUCACCGCCGAAGACAUUACAGGGCUACCAACAAACGGAAAAUUGCUGAAACCACCUACACAAAUCAUUAAACAAGCCGAUUCUAAUUGGCCGUUGCUAACGGUAUCUCGCUCAUUCUUUGAUAGUGCAUUUGCCACCAAUGAUAGUAAUCCACUUGCGGCACCACUCUCUUUCACCAAUGCUAACGAUGAAGUAGAAGAAAUUGGUGGAGAUUGGGCAGGCGAAGAUGAUCUUGGAUUUGGUGGCGACACGGAGAAUGUUGUUGAUGAUCAGCGCAUAACGUCACCGCUUGAAGAAGGUUCUGGUUGGGAUAUUGACGCCGAUCUCAAUGUUCAACUGGAUACCGAGAUUCGGGAUCUUGCUAAUGGACCACAAGGGGAAUUUGUGCCCCCUACUUCGGGUACAAAUGAAUCAGAGGUGUGGACACAUAAUUCACCUUUGGCUGCUGACCACGUGGCCGCCGGAUCAUUUGAGACAGCCAUGCAGCUCCUCAACAGACAGGUUGGAGCUGUUAAUUUCGAACCGUUAAAGACACAUUUUUUAAAAGCAUUUCAAGCAACACGCACGUACCUGUCUUGCAAUGUGUCACUUCCUCCUCUUGCCUGCCAUGUUCGACGAAAUCAUGAAGAAACAGAAGCCCGUCGAGUGCUGCCCGUUCUCACCAACAAUUUUCAGAACAUCUUAUCUGUGCAACUUCAGGAGGCAUAUAAAACGACGACCCAGGGAAAAUUUCAGGAUGCCACAAUACAAUUCCGAAAUAUUCUACACUCGAUCUUAUUGAUAGCCGUGUCAAAAAAAUCGGAAGUAGACGAAGUACAACAACUUAUCGAAGUUUGUCGUGAAUAUGUAAUUGGACUUACAAUGGAACAAACGCGCCGUAAAUAUCCACCCGAUAACCCAGAAAAUACAAAACGAGCACUGGAGUUAGCCGCUUACUUUACUCACUGUCGACUGCAGCCAGCUCACCUUCAGCUAAGUCUACGAUCAGCGAUGACAUUAAAUUUCAAGGCCAAGAACUGUUUGACCGCUUCCAUGUUUGCCAGGCGUCUGUUGGAAUUGGCACCUCCGCAAAACGUGUCCACACAGGCAGGAAUCUCAAUGCAACCUUCAUCCCCGAAAUUUCUUUUCGCACAUCAGGCACGUCAGAUUCAGUCGAUCUCGGAAAAAACUCCUCGGGAUGAAAUCACACUCGACUACGAUCAGUACAAUCCAUUUGUAAUUUGUGGUAUUUCCAAUACACCAAUUUACAAGGGUAGCCCUUCCGUCGAGUGUCCAUAUUGCCAUGCAUCAUACUUGCCUGAAUACAAAGGGAGGCUUUGCACGGUCUGUGAUAUAUCACAGAUUGGUGCGAAUUCGACAGGGCUUAAAAUUUACGUAUAG